UUUAGACCCUUCUUCAACGUAGGUGUAUCGUGAUAAAAGUUUUAAACUUCGCAGGUCAAUUUGUCAGCAAUUUCGAGUUGGGUUCCAGGACGGCUGAUAUAAAGCUCGAUGCUUCCUGUCUGCGCGCUCACAAGUAAUGCUUCUUAGAGCAAAACCCUCUUCUUCCUGCUAUCUAACACUUUUUGAAAUUAACGAUCCAAAACAGCUACUUACUGAAAAGCUCUUAUCCCUUUUGAAAAAAUGUUCAUCAGCAAAACCACUUCAACAAAUUCAUACUCAAAUGCUCAUUCACUACAUUCAAAAACCCAACUUCAUCCUUUCCAAAAUCAUUGACCUCAAAGAUUUCAACUACGCUUCAACUCUUUUCUAUCACCUCCCCAAACCCAAUGACUACGCUUUCAAUAUAAUGAUCCGUGGCUUCACAACCACAUGGAAGAAGUACUCUCUUUCUCUUCAAUUCUAUUACAAUAUGAAAGCUUUAGGCUUGAAACCAAAUAAUUUUACAUACCCAUUUUUGUUUAUUUCGUGUGCGAAUCUUUCGGCCUUGAGUCAUGGAGUUUUGGCUCAUUCGUGUGUGUUUAAGUUCGGACUGGAUGGUGAUGAUCAUGUUACUCAUUCUUUGAUAACUAUGUAUGCACGUUGUGGUGAAUUGGGAUAUGCGCGGAAGGUGUUUGAUGAAAUUCAGGUGAGGGAUUUGGUGUCGUGGAACUCAAUGAUUACAGGGUAUUCGAAGAUGGGAAAUGCGAUGGAUGCGGUGGAGUUGUUUCGAAGGAUGAGGGAGGAGGGUUUUGCACCGGAUGAAAUGACGUUGGUGAGCGUUCUUGGAUUGUGUGGGGACUUGGGGGAUUUGGGGUUAGGGAGAUGGGUGGAAGAGUUUGUGGUGGAGAACAAAAUGGUGUUGAACUCGUUUAUGGGGUCUGCGUUGAUUGAUAUGUAUGGGAAGUGUGGAGAUUUAGUGUCUGCAAGGAGGGUCUUUGAUGGGAUGGUGAAGAAGGAUGUUGUUACAUGGAAUGCUAUGAUCACAGCAUAUGCUCAGAAUGGUUUCUCAAAUGAAGCAAUUAUGCUGUUUUAUGGGAUUAAGGAGGCUGGAAUUAAUCCAGAUCAAAUUACAUUGAUAGGAGUACUGUCUGCUUGUGCCUCUAUUGGGGCCCUUGAGUUGGGGAAAUCUGUUGAUACAUAUGCGUCGGAAAGGGGCCUACAACACAACAUUUUUGUUGCUACUGCAUUGAUUGACAUGUAUGCUAAAUGUGGGAGCAUAGAGAACUCAUUAAGAGUGUUUGAAGGCAUGCCUAUAAAAAAUGUGGUAUCAUGGAAUGCAAUGAUCUUAGCUCUUGCUUUGAAUGGACGAGCCUUGGAGGCCUUGUCAUUGUUCAAUUGCAUGUUGAAGAAUGGUAGGGAUUUCCGUCCCAAUGGCAUCACAUUUGUAGGAGUUCUUUCUGCAUGUGUUCAUGCUGGAUUGGUUGAUGUAGGUCGCUGGUUGUUUUACUUGAUGACCUCGUCAUUUGGGUUAAAGCCAAAAAUUGAGCAUUACUCUUGCAUGGUUGAUCUUUUGGCACGUGCAGGACAUGUUCAUGAAGCUUGGGAUUUUGUUACGAAGAUGCCUGAAAAACCAGAUGAAAUUGUACUAGGGGCACUGCUUGGUGCAUGUCAAAAGCAGAGAAAUUUUGAGGUCAGUCAAAAGGUGAUGCAACUACUUCUGGAAAUUGAGCCUUCAAAUUCUGGAAACUAUAUAAUCUCAUCAAAAAUAUAUCGGAAUUUUAGAAUGUGGGAUGAGUCAGCAAAGAUGAGGAUGUUGAUGAGACAGAGGGGUGUCAGCAAGACUCCUGGUUGUAGCUGGAUCGAGAUUGAUGAUCAAAUACAUGAGUUUUUUGCUGGUGAUGAUUUACAGCAUUAUUUAACUGAGAUCUGCCUAUUGUUUGACUUGCUAAAUGAGGAAAUGAAAAGGGAAGGUUACCUUCCAAAGAAACAGGCUUGGAGACUAGAGGUACUUAAGAACUUCUACAAGCUGAGAACAGCUACCUAAUUUGAGGAAAUUCUCUCUCUCUACCAAGGUUGGAAUAAUGGAAUGCAGUGUAUCUUCCAACCAUUGAGGCUACAUGGAAGGCAAUUAUCCCAAAGCGUGUAUUUCAAAGAGAUUUUAUAUUCUUCCCUUAAAGAAUCAUGGAAAUUCAAGAGUCUCAGUAGCACAAGAUUUUUUUUUCGGUGAGUGCAGCACAAGAAAUAUUGAAGAUAUGUAAACGACAAUUCUGUGAUCUUUUUUGAAAGAUCUCUUUGGUGGCACCAAAUAGCUAUUUAUAAACUUUGAUGUCAUCGGAUUUGUAAGGGUACAACAUAUUUGCUAAUUGCCUCAUCUUUAAGCUUCUAACAACUAUUUUGGAGAAGCCUAGAUAAUUGCUUGUCCUCCAGAAUCAGUCAUGCUCCACAUAUCGAUUUUCUAGGGUAAGUUGGUGUAAAUAUAUUUAAUAUAGAUUGACAUUCUUUAUCUUAUUUAA